GUCAGUAAGAAGCUUCUGAACUCUGUGUCUGGCUGUGUUGAUGACGUUCUACUUGGCCUCGCAAGUUGCAAUCCUGAUCUGAAGGUGCUAGAAGGUCAUCGUGUCAUACUACGAGCGGAUCUCAGUAAUAUAAAGGGACGCGUGGCACUUCUGUCUGGGGGAGGCUCUGGGCAUGAACCAGCACAUGCAGGGUACGUCGGUCAGGGAAUGCUCACUGGAGUUGUUGCUGGUCCUGUAUUCACAUCACCCCCAGUUGGAAGCAUUGUAGCUGCAGUCAGGACAGUGGCCCAUGCUGGAGCAGCCGGUGUGCUCCUCUUGGUGAAGAAUUACACAGGUGAUCGCUUGAAUUUUGGGUUGGCUUUAGAGCGUGCACACCGGGAAGGUAUUGAAGUGGAGAUGGUAGUGAUCGCAGAUGACUGUGCUUUCAUCUCCCCAAGCAAGGCUGGAAGGCGGGGCCUGUGUGGAAUUGUCUUGAUUCAUAAGAUUGCUGGAGCUCUGGCUGAAGAAGGAAAAAGUUUGCAAGAAAUUGCUUCAUUUGUCAGACAAGCGGCAACUGGAAUUGGUACCUUGGGUGUCAGUCUAUCUCCAUGCAGUGUGCCAGGAUCAGGACCUACUUUUCAACUUGCGGCAGAUGAGUUUGAAUUGGGAUUAGGUAUACAUGGCGAGGCUGGGGUUCAAAGAUACAAGAUGAAGUCCUGUGAUGAGAUUGUAAGGAUUAUGAUAGAUCAUAUGACCAAUGAAGUAAGCAAAUCAAGAGUAGUUUUGCAGCCAGGUGACUCCAUUAUCAUAAUUGUGAAUAAUUUGGGAGGCUUAUCGUGUCUGGAGUUGCAGAUUGUAGCCAGUACAGUUGUGCACUUACUGGAGAGUCGAGGGCUGCGGAUAGAACGGACAAUGACUGGAUCUUUCAUGACUGCCCUUGAAAUGAGUGGUGUCUCUCUCACCUUAAUGAAGACAACAGCAGAGCUUGUGCGGCUCUUUGGUAAUAACAAGAAUCUGUGUGUAUGUGAUUACUGUUGA